ACCGACGCCUUCUUCAAUAUGACGAAACUGUUUCAGUCGAAAGACACGACUCUUCGGCGACUGGUGUACAUCGGUAUCAAAGAGCUGUCGAAAGUGGCGGAGAAUGUCUAUGUCGUGACCAGUAGUCUCACAACUGAUAUGAACGCGAAGGACGAUCAGUGCAGACCCGCUGCCAUGCGAGCCCUCUGCCAGAUCACAGACGCCACCACUUUUCAGGGAAUCGAGAGGUAUAUGAAGCAAGCGAUCGUCGACAAGAACCCAUCGGUGGCGUCGGCGGCAUUGGUGUCAUCACUACAUCUGACGAAAACCAUUGCGGAUGGAGUGAAGCGUUGGGUGAAUGAGGCCCAGGAAGCGGUGAAUUCGGACAAUAUUAUGGUUCAAAACCACGCGUUGGGUCUCUUGUAUCACAUCCGCAAAACGGAUCGUUUGGCGGUCACUAAACUGGUGACCAAAUUCGUGCGCUCGGGUCUCAAGUCUCCGUACGCUUUGUGUCUUCUCAUACGAAUCGCCAGCAAAUUAAUUGAAGACGAAAACAGUGGUCCCGACAGUCCGUACUUCGAGUUCAUUGAGUCCUGUUUACGCCAUAAGUCAGAAAUGGUUGUCUACGAAGCGGCCAAUGCUAUCGUUAACCUCCAGUUCACGUCUCAACGCGAGCUAAACCCUGCGGUGUCUGUCCUCCAGCUAUUCCUGUCGUCUCCGAAGCCAACCCUCCGUUUCGCUGCCGUUCGCACUCUAAACAAAGUAGCGAUGAGUCACCCGAACGCUGUUAUGGCCUGUAAUGUGGACUUAGAGAACCUGAUCACUGACUCGAACCGAUCGAUCGCCACUCUCGCCAUCACAACACUCCUUAAGACCGGUAAUGAGAGUUCUGUGGAACGGCUUAUGAAACAAAUCGCUUCGUUUAUGUCGGAAAUAUCGGAUGAGUUUAAGAUAGUAGUGGUCGGAGCGACCCGUCAGUUGUGUCAGAAGUUUCCCCGAAAACACAACGUUAUGAUGACAUUCCUGUCCACUAUGUUGAGGGAAGAGGGAGGCUAUGAAUACAAGAAGUCUAUUGUGGACACUAUUAUCUCCAUAAUAGAGGACAACCCGGAGGCCAAAGAGGCCGGUUUGGCACAUCUCUGCGAGUUUAUCGAGGAUUGCGAGCACACGGGUCUAGCCGUCAGAAUACUACACCUAUUGGGCAAAGAGGGCACCAGGACUUCGAACCCAUCGAAAUAUAUCCGCUUUAUCUACAACCGCCUGAUCCUAGAGAACGCUCAGGUGAGGGCCGCCGCUGUCUCCUCUUUGGCCAAAUUUGGAGCUCAUUGUGAGGAACUGUUACCACAAAUACUGGUGCUGUUGGAGAGGUCGACACUAGACACGGAUGACGAAGUGCGCGAUCGGUCCACAUAUUAUCUGCAUGUCUUGAAACAGAAGCAAAAGUCACUCUAUUUAUCAUUCAUUAUAAAUCCACUUCAAGUCUCAAUCGUAGGCUUAGAGAAGGCGUUACAGUCCUAUCUGUUAGACACGUCCACUUCAGACGUUCCCUUUGAUAUAAAAUCAGUACCACUUUCUACCACUCCUCUCAUGUCUGACGAAUUGGCCAAAAAGACAAACGUCAACAACAGUUCCAAUGUUAUGAACAAUCAAUUGAAAGCGCCGGGAGAGAAGAUUGCGGCCACACGUCAAGACAUAUACGCCGAACAAUUGGCUUCAAUUCCUGAACUCAAUUCACUAAAAUUGGGUCCAAUUAUAAAGUCUUCACUUCCUAUAGAGUUGACUGAAUCCGAAACCGAAUAUGUCGUCCAAUGUAUUAAACAUAUAUUCAAAAGUCAUGUGGUUUUGCAAUUCGAUUGCACCAACACUUUGAACGAUCAGAUUCUCGAGAGAGUCAACAUCUCGAUGCAGGUUCCCGAAGGCUUCGAAAUAGUGAGUGCAGUCGAGUGUCCGAAACUGGUUUACAACAUUCCCGGAACAGCCUAUAUAUGCCUGUCGUUAGAAACUGAUGACAUAAACCUCUUUUCGACCACAUUUUCAAACGUUACCCUUAAAUAUACGGUCAAAGACUGCGAUCCUAACACUGGACAAGUGCUCGAUGACGAGGGAUAUUCGGAUGAAUACGUGUUGGAAGACGUGGACCUAUUGGUAGCCGACUAUAUGCAACGAAUAAUGAAACCUAAUUUCAUGAGUUCUUGGGAUGAGAUGAGCCCCGACUGCGAGGUUGAGGAGACGUAUGCGCUCUCGAACUUCAAGACCAUAGAGGAAGCGAUCAAAAAUAUCGUGUCAUUCAUGGGAAUGCAUGCCUGCGACAGAUCAGACAAAGUGCCCGAAGGCAAGAGCUCUCAUACCGUCUAUUUGUCGGGCAUUUUCAGAGGUGUCGAUGAAGUGCUGGUCAGAUCCAAGUUAGCCCUCUCGGCCACCACUGAUGGCGUAACUAUGAAGCUAACUGUCCGCUCCCAGAACCAAGAAGUGGCGCAGUUUAUUGCAUCGGCUAUUGUCUGAUGAGUUGGUCCACCGGUUUUCAGUGCAACCAAUCCUUCUAUUAUGUCAUACAAUACACUAUGUAUUGAAUAAUUAAAGCAUUGAUUCUCUUAAAACACAACAAUUCUCUGAUUAAGUUAAUAAUUAAUUGUUAGACACGUGUGUCAGCAAAGAG